CGUCUCUCUCGGAGCGGUUUCUGAGGAGCGCUCAUGUGCUUCGCUCAUACGCACUUUUAACAGGAUGUAGCGACUGAGACAAGACAGAACACGGAAAGACAAACAAAGCGGGCUAAACUGCGAUAUGACAAACACCAGUGAGCCAGAAAUGACCGCCACAGCGGAGGAGAAUAAGACAGGAGGAGUCCCGGUGAGGCAGCUCACCGCCGGCAGGUCUUGACGGCUGCUCCCGCUGACCUGAGACGUCCAGCGCCGCCGCAGCACCGCGCGGUUUGCACACGCUGAAAACCCAACAUAGCCAAAAUACUCCACAUCCCAUCGGCGAACCUUAAAAGCGACAAUGGCGAGCAUGGGCGACUGCUGUGUGAAGGUUGCUUUGAGGAUUCGUCCUCAGAUGGCCAAGGAGAAGAUAGAGGGCUGUCAUGUGUGCACGCUGGUCACGCCUGGAGAACCACAGGUCCUCCUGGGUAAAGACAAGGCCUUCACCUAUGACUUUGUGCUUGACAUCGACUCCGAGCAGCAGCAAAUCUACCAGGCCUCUGUGUACAAGCUCAUCGAGGGCUGCUUCGAGGGAUACAACGCCACUGUGUUCGCUUAUGGUCAGACGGGUUCGGGGAAAACCUACACCAUGGGGACGGGCUUCGAUGUGGGCCUGAGCCAGAAGGAGCAGGGCAUCAUCUCGCGGGCCGUGCAUCAUCUGUUCGAGGGAAUCCAGAACAGGAGGGAUCGUGCCCAGGAGGCCGGCUCCCAGCCGCCCGAGUUUAAAGUCACCGCCCAGUUCCUAGAGUUGUACAAUGAAGAGGUCCUGGACUUGUUUGACGUAGCCAGAGAUCCAGAUAGUCGAAACAGGAAGUCCAACAUUAAGAUCCACGAAGACGCCAGCGGCAGCAUCUACACCACCGGAGUCACUUCCAGACUGGUGCACUCAGAAGAGGAGCUGCUGCAGUGCCUGAAGAUCGGUGCUCUGUCCCGCACCACGGCCAGCACCCAGAUGAACGCCACAAGCUCCCGCUCGCACGCCAUCUUCACCAUCUACCUCUGUCAGAUGAGAGCGUGCCAGCAGGGUCAAAUGCAGAAUGGAGGAGGAGGAGAGAACGGGGAGUUGAACGGUGUGGACGCCAGCCCUAUCGCUCAGCCCGAGUUCGAAACGCUGAUGGCCAAGUUCCACUUUGUGGACCUGGCUGGCUCCGAGAGGCUGAAACGCACAGGAGCUACAGGAGAGAGAGCCCGCGAGGGAAUCUCUAUUAACUGUGGACUGCUGGCGCUGGGAAAUGUGAUCAGUGCUUUAGGAGACCAGGCUAAGAAGGGAGGACACGUCCCUUACAGAGACUCCAAACUCACUCGUCUGCUACAGGACUCACUGGGAGGCAACAGUCGCACUUUGAUGAUCGCCUGCGUCAGUCCAUCAGACCGGGACUUCAUGGAGACACUGAACACACUAAAGUACGCCAACCGUGCCCGAAACAUCAAGAACAAGGUGGUGGUGAACCAGGACAAGACCAGCCAGCAGAUCAGCGCCCUGCGUGCCGAGAUAGCCCGGCUUCAGAUGGAACUGAUGGAGUACAAGGAGGGGAAGCGUGUGGCAGGAGAGGAUGGUUCAGAGGGCUUCAGUGACCUGUAUCAGGAAAAUGCAAUGCUGCAGAGAGAGAGCGACACUCUGCGCCUCAGGGUAAAGGCCAUGCAGGAGACCAUUGACCACCUCAACACCCGUGUGACACAUAUGCUGACCAACGAGGUCAGCACUCUGCUGACCAAGUCAAGUGAGGGCAAUGAGGAGAUCGGGGCUUUAAUCCAGAAAUACAUCCGAGAGGUUGAAGAACUGAGAACCAAGCUUCUUGAAAGCGAGGCCAUGAACGAGUCCUUGCGACGGCAGUCGACCCGACUUUCCUUGCGUUCCUCGUUCCCUUCCUCCACUCUCAGCCCCGCCCCCGGCCACCCCCCUGGCUCCUGCCCUGCUCCCUUAUCUAUGGAGGCCGAGAUGACGGACGUGUUACGCCGCGCCAAGAUGGACAUCGAGAGGCUGAAAAAGAAGGAGAGGAGACAGAGGAGGAUGAGUCCUGAGUUGGAGAAAGGUCAGAAGAAACGAGUCAAACUGCACACUCACGAGAAUGGAGAGAACGGGCAGAGUGGUCAUAACGGACAAAACGGACAAAAUGGAGAGAUCGAUUCAGACGACAAUUAUGUCGAGGAUGUCAUGUCUCCCUUGCAGGAGGAGAGUGGCUGUGAUGAAGAUGAGGGGGAGGAUGAAGAGGAGGGCAGGGAGGAGGAGAACGGGUUUGACAGUGACGAGAGCCUGGUGGAUUCAGACUCAGACUCUGAGGAGAAAGCCAACUUCCAGGCGGACUUGGCUGAUCUGACCUGCGAGAUCGAGAUCAAACAGAAGCUAAUAGACGAGCUGGAGAACAGCCAGCGGAGGCUGCUGAUGCUGAAGCUGCAGUACGAGGAGAAGCUCAUUCUACUGCAGAACAAGAUCCGAGACACUCAGCAGGAGAGAGACCGCGUACUGCAGAAUCUCAUGUCCAUGGAGAACUACACGGAGGAGAAGGCCAGCCGGGUCAAGCAGGACUACGAGAAACGUCUCAAGGAGAUGAACCGAGACCUGCUGAAGCUACAAGUGGCGCAGAAAGAGCAUGCUCGUCUCCUCAAAAACCAGGGGAGGUACGAGCGGGAGCUGAAGAAACUUCAGACAGAGGUCAACGACAUGAAGAAAGCCAAGGUGACGCUGAUGAAGCAGAUGAAGGAGGAGCAGCAGAGGAGGAGGAUGGUGGAGGCAAAGAGGAACCGUGAGAUCGCCCAACUCAAGAAGGAGCAGCGCCGGCAAGAGUACCAGAUCCGAGCGCUGGAGUCUCAGAAGCGGCAGCAGGAGCAGGUGCUGCGCAGGAAGAGUCAGGAGGUGACCGCCCUGCGACGCCUGGCCAAGCCCAUGUCAGACCGCGUGGCCGGGCGUGUGGCCCGCUGGAACCAGAGUCCUCCGGCGACGGAUUCUGGAGCUGAGUUUUCAGCCAACACUACAGCAAGCAGCUCUGAACCCGAGACUGGGAGGUCUGUGAGCGGGCUGGUGAAACAGUGGAACAACAAAAACAAUGUGUUUGGAUAUCUGGCAGAGAGUGAAGGGAGCAUGGAUGGAACCAGAGUCAUUGGUAGGAAGAAGUUGCAGCGCAAGCCAGCAGGCCUGGGCAGCGUUGCAGCGGCGGGCAGAGUCAGCAGCUUCUCCAAAUCUGCCCGUCAGAAGUGGCAAACACUUGAGCAUCGCAUUAUGGACAUUGUCAUGCAGAGAAUGACAAUCAGUAACGUGGAAGCUGACAUGGAUCGGCUUAUCAAGAAGCGAGAGGAGCUGACAGUCCAGCAGGAAUCGCUCUCACAUAAGAGGGAGGUACUGAUGGCAGACGGGGAGGGGCCAGAAGCAGAGGACCGCCUCCUUCUGGAAAUUAAUGAGGACAUUGAGGUGCUGAACGCCAACAUAGACUACAUCAAUGACAGCUUGUCUGACUGCCAGGCCACCAUUGUACAGAUAGAAGAGACCAAGGAUGAGCUGGACUCUGUGGACACGUCAGUGGUGAUCAGCUCCUGCUCUCUGGCUGAGGCGCGCAACCUGCUGGACCACUUCUUGAAGGCUUCCAUAGACAGAAGUUUACAGGUGGCUCAGAAGGAGGCUCAGAUCCGACUGCUGGAGGGUCAGCUGAGACAGACAGAUGUGAUUGGCUCGUCACACAAUCACAUAAUCCUUGAUGCCCUGCGAGAAAAGGCAGAAUACAUCCCUGAACUCCAGGCUCUCAUCGCCAAUGUGCAGCUGGAAAAUGGUUAUGCCAGCACAGACGAGGAGCCGUCUGAGUUCAGCCAAGCCUCUGACAGCAGUGUGUCUCACAUGAGAGAAUCCAACAGCCACGAUGAUUUCAAAAUGAAGAUGGAGCCUCGUCUGUCGGCUCAGAUGAAGGCGGUGUCUGCCGAGUAUCUUGGUCCCAUCUUGGACCCCUCAUCGUGCAGCAAGCAGCAGUACAUCACCAAGUCUCUGGCCUCGCUGACGGACAUCCAGGAGGACGGCCUAAGCCUCGGGAGGGCGACUCUGGGGCUCAGCCUGGCCCUACGAGACCCCUUCCACCGGGCGGCCCGCACCAACAGCCUACCUGUCAGGGGACACACCUUUCCCAGGCAGUCUCGGGGUUAUGACACUUCCCCUCUAACAAGGAGGAAAUCUUACGACCGCGCGUACAGGGCCACUGACGGCUACACUCCCCCCUCCUCCCCUCCUCUGAGGACCAGGAACGACCGCAACGUCUUCUCAAGGCUCACCAGCAACCAAACCCAAGGUUCUGCUCUGGACAAGUCAGAUGACAGCGACUCCUCGCUCUCCGAGGUGCUCAGGGGUGUGAUCAAUCCCAUUGGGGGUGUGAAGGGGGGUCGGACGGCGCCCCUGCAGUGUGUUUCUGUAGCCGAGGGCCAUUCGAAGCCUGUCCUGUGUGUGGAUGCUACCGAUGAGCUGCUAUUCACUGGAUCUAAAGAUCGCACCUGUAAGAUGUGGAACCUGGUAACAGGUCAAGAGAUCGUCACCCUCAAAGGCCACCCAAACAACGUGGUGUCAAUCAAAUAUAGUCCUUCCUCCUGUUUGGUCUUCUCUGUUUCCACGUCCUACAUCAAGGUGUGGGACAUCCGCGACUCUGCCAAGUGUGUCCGCACGUUGACUUCAUCGGGGCAGGUGGUUUCAGGUGAUGCAUGUGCGGGCACCACCACCCGCACAAUAAGCUUUGCACAGGGCGAGUGUCAAAUCAACCAGAUAGCCCUGAACCCGUCAGGAUCGGUGCUCUACGCUGCUGCUGGAAACACUGUUCGCAUGUGGGACCUUAACAGGAUGCAAGGGAUGGGGAAGCUGAUGGGCCACAUCGGGUCUGUCAUUUGUCUGACAGUGGGACAGUCUCUGCUAGGCAAAGAUCAAGUAAUCACUGGCUCCAAAGACCAUUAUGUCAAGGUGUUUGACGUGGCAGAGGGAACUCUGGGUAAUAUAGGUCCAGCUCAUAACUUUGAGCCACCCCAUUAUGACGGCAUUGAGUGUUUGGCUGUACAGGGAGAUGUGCUGUUCAGCGGGUCCAGAGACAACGGCAUCAAAAAAUGGGAUCUGGAGCAUCAGGAACUCACUCAGCAAAUCCCCAACGCUCAUAAGGACUGGGUGUGCGCUCUGGCACAUGUCCCUGGGCGACCCAUGCUGCUGAGCGCCUGUCGGGGCGGCAUGCUGAAGGUGUGGAACGUAGAAAACUUCACCCCCAUAGGAGAGGUCAGAGGUCAUGAAAGCCCCAUUAAUGCCAUAUGUACCAACUCAAGACAGAUCUUCACUGCGUCCAGUGACUGCAGGGUGAAGUUGUGGAGCUAUGUGCCAGGCUUGACCCCGUGUCUUCCUCGACGGGUCCUGGCCAUCAAAGGCCGAGCCACCAGCCUCCCAUGAUUGCCUCUUCUUCGCUCACCAACCCUCCCUUCCUCUGCGACAACACAGUGAAGAUCUGGUCGUCAAAGGUGUGGAGGAAGAGGUGACAACCUGAAGUGGUCCCUUUGUCGGCCAUCUUGCUGCGACUUCAGCCACUGACCUGUGAACUGCUCACUGCUCACUCAAUGAGCUGUGAAACUGAAACACACUGUUUCCAAGGCAAUCAAGUUGUUUUUCCUUUUGUCAAGGUGCAGGCAGAAUACAUAUUCAAAGGCAUACAGUUAUUUGCCUUUCAGAUGUUUUCUAACUACCAAUUUGAAAGUGCCAUUCAGGUGUGAUGCUACUUGGGUAAUAUAAACCGCAUCUUCCAGGAAGAACUAUUUCUCUCUCCUGACAUAAGAAACUACCACCGCCUGGUAUUACAAGGAGAUCACCAAUGUUUCAGAGUCCUUGUGGAACAGCGACACAUGAAUUUGCUCAAAGAUGUGUGUGUUCAUGUAUCUGUUGUCUGACACUGGCCGAAUUUAAAUCCCAGAGGGACGUUAACUAACAACUGGGACAUCCAUUUCCUCCUGUUCCUCCAUUCAGGACUGUUGGUGUUCAUUAGUGUUGUGACUGUUCUGAUAGUGGACACGUUGGAGGAUCAUGCUAUGGGCUCAUCGUUGAUGAUAAAUUGCUGAUAACUGGAAGGUUACAUAAAACACCACUUGAUGUUAUGGUUUUUACACCCUCCAAUCACUUUUAGUUCAACUCGCUCUCAGUUUAUCACUGAAACUUUAUUGUGUUCCACAAGUCUUGUUCAUUUUUUUUUAAUGACCUUUACUAAUUUAUUAUUUUCCCUACCUCAGUUGUUGAGGUGGGAAGCAACAUUUUUACGGGUCUCUAUGUACAAACACCUGGUGCUUGACAUUUUGAAGUUUGUAUUUCAUGCCUGGCUCUUCAUCUCUGUGUGGAUGUGUCCUCUGUGGCUUCUCUGGCUAUAAGACUGUCUAACUGCUGACCCUGCAAACAGGAAAGCACACGUCCAGUAGCACAACUAUGGUAACACUGGCCCCGCAGGAUCUGACCAGAUUGUAAUAUCUGCUCUGCGAAGUGCUAACUGCGGCAAAAAUAAAAACCACCCUUGCAGAUGCACAUGACACAAACAGUACACACCUACAGCACACACACUUAAGACAUGUGUGAGUUAGGUACUCCAUUGAGGCCAAAGUGCCAGAUCAUUAUCUCGACCAUCCUACAGUGUGUGUCCCAUACCUGCCAUUUAUCCUCCACACAAAUGGUAAUAGGAGCCCUAUCAGUUCCCCCCUGCCUGCUUUCAGCUCCACUCUGAUCUUUGAGGUUAGCCACUGUAUCAGACUGACCAGCCUUACUGAAGAGUCCACCGUUUUCCCAGCUACUGAACCUUGCUGGGAAGCCAAUUUAAUUAGAAGUCGCACAGCUCUACCGGCUUCUUUUCAGGCAAGAUUACUUAGGGGAAAGUAGGUCAUAACUGAGAGGUAUUUCUUAGUAAAAAUCCCAAUUUUCUUCCACUUUUUUGCUGCUACAUAUAAAGAGCAGGAGACACUUCCUGCGCCCUUGCACUGAAAUCUGUUUAUGUGGCAGAUUAUGUGUGUGCAUACAAAUGCACAAACCGUGGACACACACAGACACAAGAUUUCAGUGGAUGUUUCGGUUAUCCAUCUUGUCUGAUGGGUCUUGGCAGCCCUCACUGUGUUGAUUUAGUGUCUCUCUAAUGAAACAAAUUCAGCACUGCAGCAAUGCACUGACACACAUGCACAUAGAUACACACUCCUACAGUAAUUCAAUUAAUGAAUUAAUUUAAUUCUGAAUACAAAUAAUAGCUAACAUUCACUUUACUUUCAGUUUAUGAACUUGGGCUUUUUUUUGGGAGCAUUUAAAAGCUUCUUGUCGUACAGAUGUUUGAUAAAAAACCCAAUUCAAGUCUGUUUGUAUCAAAAUAUCAAAGCACAGUUGUUUAGCUCUGACAUCUUAAUCCUUCUGUUGAAAACAAGCAGAAUGGAAUCCUUUGGUCAUUUAGAAAACUUGUAGUAUAAUUAAACGAAGCUUGGAUCAUGAAACCGCAGUCACAGGUGCUGAAGCUAGUUAAUACUUGGGACAUACUUUCUGCAGAUCCUCUAAGAGGGAGUAUGCACUGCUGAUUGUUAAUGUAGCCAACAUCAGUUUGAAGCUGCUUACAUUCUCCAAAAGCAAUUCUAUGGGUUUUGGUUUUAUAUUGUUGGGUGGGGUGGUGCAGUGAAUGCAAAUGUGUAGAUGAGGCGGAUUUGUUGAAUUGUUCUUGAUUUUAUUAUUUUGCCACACUUAGAAUCUCAGGGAUAGGUUGAAGGAUAAUGUUGGCCAUACUUUAGUCAGUACUUGACCCUGUGAAUUUAGGUAGCUCUUUGAAUUGACCAAAUGCCUUGUUUGAGAGAUUUUUUUCAAAGGUACUAUCAUGUGUCAACCCUUUUUGUGAAAAGACUAAUUUCCAUGUUUUGCUUUUCCCUUUACUUAUUAUCUAUGUACUGUGCUUUUUUGUACACAAUUUAAAUGACAUAUUCCCAAUCUGGCCAAAGCUGAAAGUAUUGCAACUCUAAGAAGAUGUGCACUGAUUUGACCAUAAUAUGUAUAAAAUACGGAUAUUGUAAAGAAGUUAGACUGGAGUGAGCGUUACAAAAUGUGGUUAUUAGGGAAAUUAACCUCAACAUAAUGGGCCCUACAUAAUUUGACCUCGAGUCCGACACCACUGGGCCCUUCACUGUAUGUAUUUUAUCUGUGCUCAUUAGCCAAACUGACCCUGCUCACAGAGUUCUGUGGUGUGUUUCGCCUUUAUCUCUUUACUCCAUUUAUUUUUCUCCUCUUCUCCAGACUCGAGAAGAUCCCGUUGUACUGUAGCUUUAGGCACUCUCUAAGGUGUCCCGUGCUUGUACAUUUGCCGAAGGAUGCAUGAUGUUAGUGCUGCUCAUCGGUUGAUUGGUCACCUCAAAACAUAGCAAUUUAGUAGGCAAUUAAUUCCCCCUGCUAUUGUCAAUUUCAAUGUUUAACACCUGAGAGGAUUUGUUAUCAAAAUCUUAGAAGGAUUUGGCCAUUAGUUUGAAUUCUGAAGCAUUGACAUAAAAUAUGCACCAAACAUUUUGAGUGUGCUUCACAAAAGAUGCUCACUUGGAAGAUUUAUUAUAGCCAAGCACAAGCCUUAAAUUAUAAUCUGGCCUUGGAUCAGCCCCACCCAAAAUUACCCAGAGUUCUGAGGCUUGUAUUCUGCCGAUGUCAGCACCACUUCAUUACUUGACGAUGUGUAAAUAAGUGUGUCAUACCUUUUUUAAUAUCCCAGAGGAGAUUUAUUUGAGGUUAGUUGAUGUCUUCCUCAUCAAUUGACCUCAAGUUAGGAUUUAUAUGCACUUUGGAUAAUGAACACUGCUGUGAAUACUCUGUGAACUGUUUUCCAGAUAUGUUUUAAGCCUAAGGUUUAGACUCAGUUUACAAAGACGGAGUUUAUGAGUCCGAAACAAGGCUUAGAGCACUGAAAUUGUGAUGAAAAGAUGACAUCUGUUUAGCUCUACAGUAGGUUUAGAAAUUAAUUAUAUUAAUGUUUGUGCUGAUACAGUAUGUAAGAUAGCAGGGAAUACAUAGAAAGACAGUCCCCAGUAUGUCCCUGCCUUUAAAGUCCCCUUUUUAUAGCAAACCUGUGAAAUAGAAUUUUCUCUUUGACGGAGCAGCAUGCACACGUUUGUAGACGCGCAGGAGAGCCCAUCUCCACCCUUAUUUCCCUGGCUGUCUGCUGGUAUUCUAAAAUGUUUCUUAAUAAUACUGACCACAAACAGGCCGUAUUACUCUAUGAAAUAUAUAAUCGCAGACACAGGAUGGCAGGAUCUAACCUUAAUCUAAAAAAACAAAAAGGAGGAGGGAUAUUAUCACACUAAAAGUACUUUAGUGUGAUAAUAUCACACUGAAGUACUAUUGAGCAUUGUUGGAUCAAUACCCCUCUCUGAUGCCACAUUGGUACACCAGCUGGUAACGAUGUUCUGAAGCCAAAUGUGAAAUAACAAAGAAUUGUAGAUUCCUGUGGUCCCUUUAAGCAUCCAGUUUCAAUUGGAAAGCUUUAAAGCAUGUGUGUAAUUGAACAUUUCUGACUUUGGUUCCCCCCAGUGGUAGUAUGACCAUUUGCUAAGCCCCCCCUACCUAGUUACUGUUGCUCCGUUAUGCACAACUGCAACUGUGGCAGAUUUACCGAUCAAAAUUCACCAUCAAACACAAUUCCAUGCUUUAUUGGGAUUUUUAGGAAUAAACCGAUGAGUUUGGCAAACGCAAGAGGCCGACUAUCUAUGACACGUUUGGCUGGAGUGUGUACUUCCAGAACAAAAAGCCACCGCUAAGCUAAACACUGAUAAAGUAAAACCUUUGCUCGGACGAACUGGGUGUUCCAGCGCUGAACAGAUCUUUUUUUAAUUAACCUUUAGCUUCACAUAAUAAUAUAGUUACUUAAUGAUAUUCCUCCUCCAACGCUGGUUUACUACUGCAGGUAAGCUAGUUAGCCAGACAUGAUAACGUUUAGAAGAAUCUUCCACCACCCUCCAAACUCUUCAUAUACAGAGUUUUGAUGAUGUCACGCUAGAGAACUGUGCACAACAGAGCCGCUGUGCCUAGUUACGGUUGCUAAACUAGGAUUUGACAAUCGCUGCUCGGAGGCGGGAUUUAGCUAAUGGUCAAAUGGCUUAAAGCAAAAAUAAAGACUGCACCUAUUUUCCCAGGCAGACUAAAAAAAUCAAUGUGUAGUGGCUGUCAGCAGUCUGUCUGGUAUUAGAUAUCGGACCACAGGACAGUUGGAGAGCUGCCAUCAAACUGAUCGUGUGAAUACCACCUGGAGCAUUUCCAGCCCAGCCCAACAAUCUUAUGACCACUAGGAAAUGAAACCCAAGUAGUCAGCUCAGCUACAGCCUUGCUCCUCAGCCAACAGGCCCCACUGCCUUAAAGGAACAGAAUGUGUAUUUAGGACAUUGAUAAUCAUCCACUUAAUAUCCUGAAUCUGUAACAGACUUAUUCUGAAGAUUGUAGAUUGUCCUACAGAUUGUGGAACUCUGUUCUAAGUCAGGUGACGUCUUAGCUCACUUUAUCAGUAUGGCUGAAAGGACUUUCAACUUUGCCCCAGGCUGCUGAGGGGAUGGAAUCACAUUUGGACACAAUUGCUGCUCGGUGGCAAAUGGCUAUCACACGCCAACACAGGUCUUCUCUGCAGCUGCUCGAGUCAUUUAUCCCGCAGGCGUGUGUUGACAUCUUUAGCUCACAUACGGUCAAACCAUAUGUGGCUGUGUCUGUUAAAUAUGUACUCAUGGGACAUAAAUGCAGGGUCAAAGGUCAUUUGUGCCUUUGAAUGCACAGGUAACUCCCUCUUAAGUGAGUGUAAAUGUGUGUACAGUUUUUUUUUUACAAGACAAUGUGCAUGUGACCAAGCCAUGUAAAAUAUCUUACUGUAAAUACUGUAAGUAAAUAUUUAAUGAAGGAUCCAACAUUCCCUCAAGAAAAUAAAUAAGUUAAAAACAA